GAAUGUUUGUCACUUGACAGCCGUCGACCGGCCGAAGUCAUCGGGACUGAGGGAAGACUUUACCGCCGCUGCCGCCGCUGCUCCCCUCCCGUCCGGUAGCAAACGGAUCAUUUCAGAAGAUAACAGACCGAGUUUCUCUCUGAUUUACCGGAUUUUAACGGCUGCGGAUUCGCUCGUUACUUUUUCUUCUCUCAGCGGUGUUCUGAGUGGUCGUUACCCCGCGGCGGCUGGCGGUUAGCAUCGGUUACUGCUGCUAAACAUGGUGGCCUGUAGGCAAGCAGGAGAAACGAGCCCAGUUUGGGGAUUUUAGAGGAUUUUAAAAAAAAAAAAAAGGCAUUUUAACGGUUCUCCGCGUGAAACCCCGCUGCUGUGGACACAUUACCGCCCCUCAUUUGGCUCUUAUUCGGAGGUUUGUGGACUUGGACGUUGAGGCUGCUUCUCUGUGUUUACGUUGUAACCGACAACAGACCCGCAGCAGCAGCAGCAGGAGCAGCAGCAGCACCGUUCGUGUUUUGUGGACCGUGGAUAAUUGUAGUUUACUUCAAAAGUUGUCACCAGACCGCCUCGAAGUUUCCCUCCGGAUUUGGGGAAAAAAAAAAAUAAAAAAGUUGUAAAACAUGCGCCUACAACUGGAAAAACACGUCAAAUAACAACACGGUGUAGUUUUAUGACCGUUGUGUUUAUAUUGCAGAUGACUUGACACUCACAUAGAAAUGAACUGAUGCACAAGUGCAGCCUGCUGGAACUACUUUCCCCCACUUUUAACAGUCCCUCCUUUGUUGGAUUCAUUGCUAAUCGGUGGAUUAUUAUGGAUUAUUAUUAUUAUUCCCUAAUCCAAGACGCGCCAGGCAGGGAAUUUUGGGAAUAACUGCUGAUACUGUUGCUGCUGCUGAUGAUGGUGAUGAUGAUGAUGAUGAUGAUGAAGAUGAUGACAGAGAAAAGCGAUGGUUUCCCUUCGUUAUGAUUUUGAGUAGAGAGGAAUUAAUUACAUGGAGACUCGCCUGACAUGCCAAGGAAGGAGUUGCCACUACCUGAGGGUUGGGAGGAAGCCAGAGACUUUGAUGGCAAAGUCUAUUACAUUGACCACAUCAACCAGUGCACCAGCUGGAUCGACCCCAGAGACAGGCAGACGAAGCCUCUGACGUUUGCUGACUGCAUCGGGGAUGAGCUGCCGGUCGGCUGGGAGGAGGCGUACGACCCCGUCAUCGGAGCGUACUAUGUUGACCACAACACCAAGAGCACCCAGCUGGAGGACCCGCGGGCUCAGUGGCAGCGGGAGCAGGAGGCCAUGCUGCGGGACUACCUGGCCGUGGCCCGGGACGCCCUCAGCGCUCAGAAGGAGAUCUACCAGGUGAAGGAGCAGAGGCUGCGACUGGCGCAGCAGGAGUACCGGCAGCUCAACGACGCGUGGAGGGACAAGUCCACGUCGCAGACCAGCUUGAAUUCCAGAUCCUCCUCCUCCAGCAAGUACGACCCAGACAUCCUGAAGGCAGAGAUCGCCACGGCCAAAAGUCGGGUGAACAAGCUGAAGCGGGACCUGGCCUGUAUGAAGCAGGAGCUGCAGUAUAAAGAACAAGGCUUUGAGACGCUCAAAGAGAUCGACCAGAAGGUGUCCAACAGCCCGUAUGGCUUCAAGCUGCAGGAGGCGCAGGCCAUCCUCAGUGAGGUCCGCUCCAUCCGAGACGCCAUCAGCUCGGGGGAGAAGGAGAAACAGGAGCUCAUGCAGAAACUGGCGGUGCUGAAGGACGGUUUCCAGCUGGACUCGGGCUCGCAGCAGGAACUGUGGGGCAGCAGCCCUUCGCUCGCCAACUCGGAGCUGUCCAUCCCUCGGCUCUACUCCGACGCCGGCUCUCAGACCGACAUCCCCGCUGAGUUCAUAACCAGCAGCAACAAACUGGCGGAGAAGGUUCGUCUGAGUCUGAAGUACGAGGAGGCCAAGAGAAGGAUCGCCACCAUCGAGGUGCAGAUCGCCAAACUGGACAGCGAGGCGUGGCCGGGGCUGCUGGACCCUGAGCGUGAUCGCCUCAUCCUCAUCAACGAGAAGGAGGAGCUGCUGAAGGAGCUGCAGUACGUCAGCCCCCGCCAGCGGCUGGAGCCCAACGACGCCGAGAAGCUGGAGUCCGAGAAGAAGCGUCUGGAGAGAGACCUGCAGGCCGCCAGAGACAACCAGAGCAAGGCGCUGACUGAGAGGCUGCGUCUUCACUGCAGAAGGAACAAGCUGGUCAGAGAGCUGGAGGAGAUGGUUCGACUGGCCACGUCACUACACACUCAACUCAAGAGCCUGUCGGCCAGCACCCUGUCGUGUUCCUCCGGCAGCAGUCGAGGCUCGCUGACGUCCAGCCGUGGCUCUCUGGCCACCACCUCCAGCCUGGGCUCCACCUCCUCCCUCAGCUUCACCGACAUCUACCUGGAGCAGCCCGAGCUGGCGGACCCGGACUUCCAGAACAAGCUGGACAGCCUCCUGCAGGACGGCGGCCAGGCGGGCUACCGCCCCUCCAGCUCCAUCACCACCAUCCACGAACACGAGGUGGUGACGGGCUGCGGGAGGAGGGAUGCCGGGAGGCCCGAGGGCAAAACGGGAGGGGUGGGAGGAGACACGGGGUGCUCUGCUGGAGGCGGCGCAGGAGGAGGAGGAGGUAUCGGAGUGGAGAUGGGGUCGUCCAGGAUCCAGGCCCUAAGACUGUCAGAAACCCCUCGCUCCAUGAGCUCUUUAUCUCCACGGUCGUCUCUCUCCUCGCUGUCUCCGCCGUGCUCGCCGCUGGUCACAGACACUAGUUUCCUGUCCGGUGAGACAUUCACAGGCCAGCCGGGGCCCGGCGGGUUAGGCCUGGACCUGGAGCUCCACAGCAGGCUAGCAGAGCUGGAGCUCAGCCUGGACUCUCAGGAGCAGCGACCCGACAGAGGCCCAGGUGGGCUGGAGGAGAAGCAGAGCCUCAACACCACGCUGGGCGAGGAGGUCAAAGACUCAGCUCCCCAGCUGCGGGGGACGGGGGCGGGGCCAAAGAAGAUUGGCGUGACCUCGGCGGUGUCUGACGAAUCAGUGGCCGGAGACAGCGGCGUGUACGAGCCUUCGGAGCGCAGACCCGGCCUCCCUGCCGACCUCCUCCUGGGCUCCUACGAGGAGCGGCUGGCGCUCGGCUGCUCCCAGGUGCAGCUCGGCUUCCGCUACGAGUCCAGAGACCAGCGCUUCACCGUCUACGUCAUGCAGCUGUCCAACUGCAGCGCCCUCUGUCUGCCGGCUGACCAGAAAAUGUAUGUGCGUGUGGUGGUGCUGCCCUGCGUGGAGGCCACGCGCUGCCUCUUCCGGACACGCGGCUUCCUGCCUCAGGACGUCGUGGAGGUCAACGAGGUGUUCGGCAUGCAGAUAUCCCACAGUGCACUGCGCCAGAAGACCCUGAGGGUCGACGUCUGCAACAACAGCAAGUCGGGCCACGAGGAGUGUCUGGCGGGAGCCCAGAUCAGUCUGGCUGAUGUCAGCUGUUCGGAGGAGAGAUGCACCAAGUGGUACAACCUGCUGAGCCGCGCCUACAUGCCUGAGAUCAGCAGCAGCAGCGAGGACAAAGAGAGCCGAGCGGCGGGCGGCUCCGACAGGACUCGUGUUUCCAGCAGUGACACAGUCGGAGCUCCGGAGGACGACGAGUGGCACGGCGACUCGCUGGAGACAGACCUGUUUGAUGAGGAGGAGGGAAACGGCGUGGAGGGAGUGGGGCCCCUGGAGGAAGAGGACGACUUUUAUCCUGACAGCAGCCAAUGGGAGGAGGAGGAGGAAGAGGAGGCGAAGGCGACCAAACCCCCUCCUCCGAUAGCAGCAGCCAUCACGGAGAAGGUGAACAAGGAGACGAGCAUGGACGGCUUGUCGUCGUCGCACCACUGCUCCGUGGUUCGGCCCAAGGAGCGCCGGCCCGACGUCCACCAGCAGAACCCCUUCAUGAGGGGGAACACCAUCAUCCGCUCCAAGACCUUCUCCCCCGGGCCUCAGAGCCAGUACAUCUGCAGGAUUAACCGCAGCGACAGCGACAGCUCCACCCUCUCCAAGAAGUCUCCGUUCGUCCGAAACGCCUCGGAGAGACGCAGCAUGCGCAUGAAGAAGCCUCCUGUGCAGGUCAAAGGUCUGGACGGUCUGCUGCGGACGUCCCUGGACCUGGAGCUGGACCUGCAGGUGUCCCGGACGCGUCAGGCCCGGCUGUCGCAGGAGCUGCGGGUGCUGCGGGAGCUGAAGACCCAGCUGGAGAAGGCGAGGCAGCAGGGCCAGAGAGAGCUGCCCGCCUGGGUCCAAGAAGACGAGCGCUUCCGCCUCCUCCUCAAGCAAGCGGAGAAACAGGUGACUGACACGAAUCAGUCCAGGUUCAGCGCUCAGGUCUGUUUAUCAUGUGUGUGUCUCUCUUCUGAACUGAACACCUGUCUGCUCGUCCUCCUUGUUCAGACGCGAGAGGAGCAGCUGCAGGAGAAGAGGGUGGAGAAGAUGAUGAGGGCAGCAGCUAAGGACGUCCACAAGAUCCGGGGCCAGAGCCGCAAAGAGGUCCCUGAGGUCCAGACCUUCAGAGAGAAGAUGGCGUUCUUCACACGAGCGAAGACCAGCAUCCCCGACCUGCCGGCUGACAACGUGUAGAGAAGCAUUUCAAAGUAUUUCCCUCUCCCCCAAACCCCCCGUCUCCUCACCCGUCGGUCUUAACCUGCUGUUCCCUCACAAAUGAAGCAAACGUUUGGCGGUGUUAUGAAGAAUUAAAAAAAAAAAAAGAUAAUAAUAAUAUGUUUAGUAGGAAAGAAAAAAAACAUUCAAAACCGUGAAGAAACAACUUUUUAAAGAGCUCAGCAUUUCUAAUGUGGAUAGUGUUCAUUUGUAAAUUAGCGACAGCACUGCUAGAGCUUCAGUUCUGACUUCACUCUUCUCUUCCGCUGUUUAUGGCGUCGUGUUUCUGUUAUUAACAGGCUGUUUAUAGGCUUUUAGGUGUUUUAAAAUCAUUCCAGCACAAAGUCACACAGCUGCACAUGUGCGUACAAAGAGUUUUUGUAUUGAAACGGCACACCUGGACAUAAAGGAUAUAUGUAUAUUGGUAGCACAAAAUAAAAUCAAACUACGGUACUAGAGGAAAAUAAAGCACCUCAAGCUGGUGAUAAAAAAUACCAUAGAUAUCUUCUCCAGAGAUUUUUGAUAUUGACCUUCAAGUGAUGUGUUUUUGAGCAUUUUGAAAACUUUAUAUGCAGACAAACAUACAAGCACACAGCGGGCUUUUUUUUGUUUUUUUGUUUGUUUGUUUUUAUUGUAAUUUCCUCUACAGACACUAAAAGAAGGAUCCAUAACUUCCAUACGUGUGAAUAUGGAUCAGUGAGCACGCCGGUUUUCCUUUAACAGUCAUUACAGUUUACUGAAGGUUAAGAGGAAGAGACAGUUUAUUUCCUUUACGGUCUCCUCAAAGUUAUAAUCCUUAAGAUUGUUAUACAUCAAAACCCAUGUUUAUAUUUCUCGUGGCGACAGUUUUUAGCGCAGUAGACGUGGCGUUGAGAGGUCGGAGGGGAUAUCUUGCCUCCGAGCAGCCGCCGUCUCAUUGACGACGAUGGCGACUGGAUAGAUACGAAAACUCUCCUGGUUGAUUUCGUCAGUACAAAAGAUGGAUGACUGUUAAAACAACACGUGGUUCUCUGAUUAAAAGGUCAAAGGUACGAACCUGAGGACACGAGAAGUGAAAAAGUGAAAUGAACUGUGACUCCUGAGGUUUAUCUCAGUAUAAAAUCAUCCAAUCUUUAACGAGCAGUCGAAAGCUAAAGACCCCUGACUGGUUUUCAGUAGUUUGAAUCGAUUCACUUUCAGAUCCUGGGUCAGUUUUGGAUUCAUUCGGUAGCUCUCAUCAUGUGUUUAGCUUAGCGAGGCUUUCUAAAUCGACGAGUCAAGACCAGACCCAGGACUUGAGUCUGAACUGGUCCAAUAUUCAGUUUAAGCCGGUCGGAGAGAAACGUGGUUUUUGAGGCAGACGGAGAGAGCGAGCUGUGAAAUGCAGGAAAAAUUCAAAAUGUUCUGCUGCUCUUCUCCACCAUGGCUGCUUUUUACUUGGUGGAGCAUCAUGCUGUUUUCACUGUUGCUGUUCUCUCUCUGUUUGACUCAGGUCUUCACGUCUACUGUCGUCAAAUCUGUCAGACCGGGACUCUCCCUUUGCUAGUUUAGUUCAUUUUUGUUUGCAUUUUGUUGUAUUCGUUGAAGACAGAGUAGAGUGUCCUUCAUUUGUUGGUCCUGGUCUGUGCCAGUUACAUAAUCAAUAAUCAGACUUAAAAGGUCUAAAAUCGACCGUUUCUAACUGCUUCAGUUUCUCUACGUCUGUAGUUACUGCUCUCUGCCACCGGGCGGCAGCGAUGUGAAAUUAUCUUGCUUGUUCUCUUUAGUCUUCUUCAUGUCGAGAUGAUCCGUCUCAACUCUCCUCGGUCUAUAAACAGACGCGACGGUUCUUCUUCCUUUGUUGUUUUUCUGACAGAGUAGCUGCGCAGAGUGUUUGCUGCCCCCUGGUGGUCGAUGCGCGACUUGCUGUCACCCCCGGUAACCGCAGGUGACGCCAAAUGAACCCGGAGUGAAAUCUUAAGGAUUAUAACUUUGAUGUCUCCAAAUCAAACACCAACACAAACUGCGUUUCACUACAUGAUGAUGACGGAGAGGAAAGCUGGAGCGUCUUUUACUAAAUGAACUGGAUCAGAUUUUAACGGCGAGACUCGUUUUUAGCUCUAAAUUUAAAACUAGUCAUGAUUGUCUCUCACCAGUUACACACACACACACACACACACACACACAUACAUACAUGCACACGCACACUCAGCAAGGUGUAGAAGCAGCACUAACACUCAGGUAGUUGAUAGGAUAGUCUGCACUUUAAGAAACUUGAGGUAAAAGUUUAAAAAAAGGAAAAAAAGAAACUUGAUGUGGGUUUUUUGGAAGUAAAAAAAAAAAAAAAAAUCCAGAAACCUUUGCCUCGCGCUGGAAUGAUUAUUGAUUAUUGAUUGUUGAAGCACUCGAUGAUUGUCGAAACACACACACAGGAAGUAAAGAUCAAAUGUAUUUUUGGUGACUGUGAACUUCUUACUGAUUGUAUGAUUGUUAGACUGGAAGUGACUAAAACUCCCCCUUCAUGAUAAAACUGACCAGCAGCCAAUAGGAAGACAGACGUUUCCUGAUCUUCACUCUGAUUGGCUGCUUUUUCCCCCUGAUGAAAACUAUGUUUGUUCAGUUUCUUAUAGUUUUAAUUUUUCCUCUGUAACUGGAUGUUGUGGACACAUAUCAGAGUCGCUUUCAUGUUUCCUAUAACUGGACAAUCUGCAGCUGAAUCUGUAUAAAGUUGAAUCUCGUGAACAUGGUGCCCCAGCAAAACUUUCAUCUUCAUGAUCUUUUCAUCACGUCUUCAAAUCCAUAUUAUGUUUUUAAAAAAAAUCUUUUCGGACUCAACUUCAGCGCUCUAAUAGCGUCGUUUUACAGCGAAGCAUUCAGCAGCUGAAGAGCCAGAUGUUUAGUUAUAUACUGACUUUCAACUCGCAUAUUUAUUAAGAUUUCAGUUGCAUCUGGAUUAUUUUUAUGUUCUUUCUAAAAAAUAAAACAAAAACCAAAAAAACAACCACACUGACCGAAAAGACAGGAGUCGAAUCUUUCAGUACAAAUAUCCGCAUGUUCAUGUCCGUGUAGCUUUUCAUGCACUAACAGUGAAAGUUGUUCAUGUGUCCGGUGGGAGACGAUUCUCCACGUUCCUGUUGAUUGAAGCCUGAAAUCAGAGGAGGAAGAGUUUCCCUCGCUGCAGUGACUCUGAUUCUACACUCGCUCUAACACCACUGCGUUUUUAUUUGAUUUAUAUUCAGCUCAGUGAAAACUUACUGACUUUGUUUCCAAGGCAACCUGACUUAUAAAUCAGCGGCAGACCUCCACUCUGGCACAUCUCUUAUUUACUGACAGGUGUGGGAGGUUGUUUGUCUUUGUGUGUGUUCCUGGCUGUUUGAGAAGCUGUUUGUGGAAUUCGUCCUUCGCUGCAGCUUUUAUCAACGUGUCGCUGCGUUAGAGCAAAAAAAAAAAAAAAAAAGCUUCCCAGAAGUCUUUGCUGUUAGAUUUAGGUGAUACACCUCAGAUUUAACCUGCUGAUAACUGGACUCGUGUGUUUGUAAAUGAACUUCAGGUUUAAGAGGCAGAAAUCCUUCAAACAGACCAGGUUCUUUAGUGAAAGAUGAAACUUUCUUUUCUUUUAAAGUUGUUUUUGGGGCAUUUUUGUUCCUUUUAUUUGACGGGACAGUGGAGAUAGUGUGCGCCUUAACAACUCGUACCUGAUUUGUUUCCAACCUCUCAGACUACAAUGAAGGAGUUAUCUGCCGAGGAUUUUUCCAUGUAAAGUACAAACAAAACAAACAAAUCUGCAAUGAAAAAAAUGUAGAAGUUUAGGCCCAGAAAUGGGGAAAAAAGAAAAAUACAGAAGUAAAAAUAAUGAGUCGCCACCAGAGAGAUUGUGACUUAAGGUGGCACUACUUUCUGCGUCUGAAAUGUAGGAAAAGAAACAGGUACUAGGUGGAGGGAUCAGGCAAACCCUCCUUCAGUAACAAGUAAACUUCACCUGCUGGACACAAAAUAAUUCAAGCAAACAAAGUGAAGCUCUGUCAGGAGAAGCAGGAAGAAACAGCAGCAGAAACAUGGAUUUUUACCUGUAGAAAAGUUACAAAAUCAAAAGGUCCUAAAGUCUAAAGUUCGGCUCCGUAGCUCAAACAGAUACAGAUGAAUAAACUGGAGAAGGUUUUCAGACGUGGUGAGUUCAUGAGCCACUUGUUCUCUCGUUGCUGGGUCACCAUGUUGGACAGGUGAAAUCCACCACACGGCACAAACCCUUCAUAUCAUCGUCUUUCCAUUCCCGGUGUCAACAAGAACAUCGCUGACAGAAACCUGCUGCUGCUGCUGCUGCUGCUGUCAUUCCAGAUGUUUCUCUUCAGCAGCUCGAAGCGAUGCUUGAACUUUACAUCAGAUCCAGUUUUUUUUGUUUUUUUUUCCUGUCAGCUUUGUCGUUCAUCUGUUGGUGUGUUUACGACCAACAGAGGAGGUUGAUUUUGACGUAUUUAUGUCUCCACUUCCUUUUUAAUUUUAUUUUUUAUUAUGUCCCUCUUCAAACCUUCAUUUAUUUCCAAAAAGUCCCAACAAAUAAAAUCAAUCUUGUUUUCCAGAGAAAUAAAAACUGUAAAUGUUUAAAAUUCACAACAACAAAAAAAACACAUUCAGUCAGCAGUAGGAAUAUUUUUGCACAAAUAUCUAUUAAAAUAAUAAAUAUCCCACGCAUACAUAAUAAUCAAACAACACUAUGACUCGUCAUGCCUUGUAUUAAAAAUAUAUAUUUCUAUAUAAAGAAGGUGAAACUUGAUGGAACUGAAUCAAAUGCUGUGAGGACGUCGACACUGAGGCUGCGUUCACCUGCAGGAACCAAAAGUUUGAUUUCCACCUGAGAUCAGUCUGAACAGUCACAGAUAAAAUAAACCAAAGACUGAACACAAACAGACUCGGAGGCCGCUGGUCUCCUGGUGGCAACAUACGGUCCAACAUACGGUUUAUACCGCGUGUUCUUAACGAUAUCGUAUGUUACUCGUGUAGAUUUCAAUGGAACAAGCUGGAUAAAUAGAUAAAACACGACCUUUGUUACACAUCGUCCCCCCUCUCUCUCUUGAGGUUUACUGCGUCUGCAUUGUGCGAGUAUUAAGAGUCAUAUUGAGGGAGAAAAAUUAUCUGAAAUUAUGAGAAUAAAGUCUCAAUUUUGAGAAUAAAAUAUUUUAUUUAUAAUAUUUCAAGAAAAAAAAGGACGUUGUGGUUUCUUGUUUGUGCCACAUUUAAGUUCAUUUCAAAUCUUUUCGUCAGGUUUCAUGACGUAUUUCAGAUAAAGGUGCGUUCAAAAAAAAAAAAACGACAAACGGCUCACGCGCCGACACCGCAAUAAAAAUCGACGUGUGAAUUUAGAUUCUGACUGUUCAGACUGACGUCACUCCGCCACUGAGAAAGAAACCGGAAUCUAAACUGUCAGAAUUUAUAUUUUAGUUAUUUUUAUUUUUCAGAAGCAGGUCAGAUCUCCUGCAGUGUGAAUGCAGCUGUGCGCUCUGAGGGUUUUACUGUAGCAGGAACACUGUGAAAUGAAUGAAAGCCUUUGGAGUAAUGUGUGAGAGCGAGAGAGAGCGAGAGAGAGAGAGAGAGAGAGAGAGAGAGAGAGAGAGAGAGAGUGUGCCUUUGGAGAGCAGCAUGUAAACUGUUAAAACUGUUAUUGUACUUUUCUUUUUUCUUUUCUUUGGUCGCCAUCAUCUGAUCUGAGGAGCUGAAACUGUGGAGAAACCUUUUUUUAUUAUUAUUAUUAUUAUUAUUAUUAUAUUAUUAUUAUUAUUUUUUGUUCUCCUCCACUGUAGAGCGAGUAGAUGUAAAGAAUAGGACUGUGUAGUCUGAGGAACAGCACCGUCUGUUUUAAAGUCGCUCAACGCUGUCGUGAUCGACCGAAUGUUGUUUAACCUUUAAAUCAAAACGUUUAUACGACGUAACAACAUCUGGAUGAAGGAAUGUAGGUUUUUUUUUUGCUACGAGAAAAAUCACAAAUCAUUCAGAGAAAAAACAACAAAACAAAUGCUGUUAGUCACAAAUGAUUUUUUUUUUCAUCAUGUAGGUUGUGAUAUAAUUUCUUGUUUGUUUUUUGAAGUUCAAGUGCAUUUUUUUUUUUUCCUCGUUUGAUUAUUAUUAUUUUUUAUUCUAAUGAAUCUGUUUGUAUUACGACUGGUGAUGAACCUGGUAAUGUGUACGGAGGCGGCUAUGAGAAACAUACAGCAUGUAUUUAUUGCACUUUUGUGAUUUGGGUGUGCUUUUCCUGUUUUUCUUUUUAUCGCGAGAGUCCCGAAAAGCUGUGAAUUUUAUUCUCAGACACUGUACUGUCGACCAGAGUUGUAAAUAUUUCACCAGCACAAAAAAACAAACAAUAUGUUUUGUAGUUUCACAACAAAUAAAAAAAAAGUUCUUCUCUUCUA